AUGGUGUUCCUCCAUCAACAAAACCCCUCCCGGAAACGACCUUCCUCCUUUAUUCCUCCAUUUCCACCACCGAAAAUCCCCAAAUCCACCACCGGCACCACUACGCAACCAACACAAUCACAAAAGGACGCCGUCGACGACAAUCAAGCAUCAUCGUCGUCGUCGUCAGUUGAUAAAAUGGUGUCGAUUCUAGCUGAUGCUGGCUGCACUUUGGUCAAUCCCGCAGGUCCACCUACCCUUCCUUCUGAUCAUCAUAAGUUCCGGAACCAUCUCAGCCGUCUAUUUUCUUCUUCCGAUACCGCCCCUGCUCUCCGCUCCGAUUUCCUUUCCGGAUUCUCCUCUUACGUUAGUUCUCCACAGAACUUCCGUAGGGUUCUUGCAUUUUUGAAUCGAGAUGGUUUUGGCGCCAAGAGAAGCGAGAGCUUAGUAACGCAGCUCUUGCUAGUUCCAGCAAUUCAGUUAGACCUUCAAAUCAUGCUGCUUGAGAAACUUCCGGAAUAUUUUGACACAGUUCGCGAAGAUUCUAGAACAACGUUGUCUCUCGAAGAUGAUGUGGCGAGGCUAAUAAUUAAUCAAUUCAGGUGGCUUGAUUUUGUUGUUGAUCCCAAUGCAUUUGCCGAUAAAUUAUUGGAAGUUCUUUCAAUUUGUCCUUUAAAUUUAAAGAAAGAGAUUAUUGGAUCGUUGCCGGAGAUCAUUGGUGAUCAAAGUAAUAAUGCUGUUGUUGAUUCGCUCGAGCAAAUGCUACAGGAGGAUUCUGCGAUCAUUGUGCCGGUGCUUGAUGCAUUUUCAAAUCUUAAUUUGGAUGAAGUGUUGGAAGAACAGGUUAUUACUACAGCUUUAUCGUGUAUCAGGACAAUAGAUGGGGAGCAUAUGCCGUAUUUGCUUAGGUUUUUAUUGCUUUCGGCUACUCCUCAAAAUGCUCGAAGAAUAAUAUCGCAGAUUCGUCAACAGCUAAAGUUUGUGGGAAUGUCGAAUAGUUCUCGCUCAAAUCAGCAGCGGAAACUUAAAGGGAAGUCACUUGUGGACAAUACAGAGGCGUCUAUUCUUGAUGCUUUGAGAUCAAGUCUGUUAUUUAAGAAUAUGCUGUGUCAAGAGGUUUUGAAGGAAUUGAAUAGUGUCGAGAAACCUCAGGAUCACAAGGUCAUAGACAUAUGGCUUCUUGUAUUGAUAUACAUGAAUGGUGAGUCGAUGCAAAAGAGUGUUGAGAAGAUUUUCAAGAAGAAAAUUGUUGCAAAUUGUAUUCGGGAAGAUAUGAUUGACCAGUGUAUUUGUGGUAACAAAGAAUUGGUUCAGGAUUUUUUUCCACGGUUUCUUUCUUUGUCUGAGCAUUUAUUGGCAUGCAAAGAACAAAAGGCAAGGGAUUUUGGCAUGCACAUGUAUGCUUGUUUGUUUGGAGAGUUUGGUGACACUUACUUUCGACAGGAGGUUCUUGGGGCACUUGUGACUCAUGUUGGAUCUGGUGUUAGUUUCGAAGUAAAUUCUUCUUUGGACACCAUGGCCUUGCUGGCCUCCAAGUAUCCGCAAGAGUUGAUUCCACUUUCUAGUCAUAUAAAUGGUAUAUUGGAUUACUUGGAAGGAUUUGGCAUGGAAAGUCUACACAAGGUUUAUGAAGUUUUCAGCAAGCUGGCAUUGUCGGCUCGAUCUAUUACAGAUUGUUUUGGAUCUUCCAUUGCAAAUGAACUGUUGAUGAUAAUACGAAAGCAGGUCAGCCAUCCAGAUAUGAAGUACAAGAAGAUGGGCCUGAUUGGGACUCUGAAAGUGGUCUGUCAUCUUGGAGACAUAAAUAAUGCUACUGAGGCAUCUCCUUCUCAGAAAUCUAACUGUGAGGAGGCUUUGGAACUCUUGAGAACCUGUCUGCACUCUUGCAAGCAGUUGUGCUUACCAUUGGUUCUCUUUUAUGAUGAACUGACUACAAUAAUGCUUCAUAAAAAACUUCACCCAGAAAUUGUAGAAUGGGUUGGCAAACAUGCUGGAGAGUUUGAGUCUAAGUUUCUAUCUGAUCUCCAAGGUGGACAAUUGCCAGGCGAGGACUCAUAUUGUAGUUUGGAAGGGGAACUGUGGAUGAACCUGGAUGGUGACAUAUCUCCUGUUUGUUUGAGCAUUUUGCCAUUGUCUUCCUCUUCCUUGCAGUCUAUGUCUUCGUUACAAGUUCUUCCUGCUAACUUUCUCUUACUAUCAACUGUUGAGAGGCUGACAAAUCAGGGAUCUCUUAGUGGAAUUGACGCAUUACUUGGCUGCCCUUUGCACCUUCCCUCCUCUAAGUACUUCUCUGAAGCUGGUUGGCAAUCACUGACAGCAAAGCAGAAACAGAUUGUAUGCCUUUCUCUUUAUUAUGCAGCAAACUGGAUAAGGGAACUGCUUAAUGCCUUUUGUACACAAGUUGCUGGGAGAUUUGAGUGCACCAGUCAGACUACAGAAGUGGAUAUAAUUGUGAAGCUAUUGAAGCGACUGAGGAACCUAGUAUUUGUGGAAAGUUUAUUAAACAACUGCACCAAAGGCCACCCUCUGUCUCUACCAGAGCUCCAUCUUCAAGUUGAUCAGUCUGGAACUCUACUUUUAAACAAAGCUAACAAUAUGGUAUAUCUGGCAAAAAAUGGUGACCAUAAGAAAACACAAGACAACAAUUCCCCAAAGAAGAGAAGACAUAAAAAGACAUCAAAAGAAUUGAGUUCAGAUCCAAAUGGAGAACUCCGGCAGCCAAAAAUAUCGGAUGUGUUGAGGAAAGCAGGAGCUGCAACAAGCCAAGCAGUCUCAAAUGAGGAAUCUACUAGUCAAUCUUUGAGGGGCCAAGCAUUUGUUCCAGCAGCUCAAGAUUCCUGUAAUUCUACUGUGCCCAUAAGUUUAGAAGCUUCAGCAGUUUCCAAGGCUCUAGAAGCACAAAGAUUUAAAUUCAGGCCACUUCUUGUCCAAUGUUUCUCCCUUUUGAUGUUUUCAAAUGUGAGUACACUAAUGCUGCUGAUUAUCAUGAUUCUCAUUUUGUUUAGUUUUCUAAUUGCUGCUUGCCGUGGGAUUUCCAUUUCACACAUGGACUAUCAAACACAGGAUCUUGUGGAACGAAUCAAAAGUCCUGUUGCCAUGAUCCCGCAGCCGAGAUUCUUGAGUGCUCCAGCAGGUUUUGCCAGAAUGACCAUGGAAGAAUUCUUGAGCAAUGUUAGGCCACUUUUUCCACAUCUGAGAAGGCAUUUUGAUAAUGCAGUUUUUGUUCUUAAUGAAGGUGAUGGAACUUGUGAAGAUCAUUGGAAUAUUCACUCUGCUUCUGCUGGAAAUCCAGAUGUAGCCAACACUCUGUUUUCAAAAUCUGUAGUUUCCACUUCGAUAUUUAAAGAAGUACUUCAUUGUUUUAGGAAGAUGCUAAACCUUCCUGGUGUUCAAAUGCACAAAUCAGUUCUCUCGGAUUUUCUUGAAGCCUUCCAACCAAGCAAAAUAUCUGAGAGUGUGUUUUCUGGCCUACAGCAUACCCCUUCACAUGGGACAAUAGAAUAUUUGUAUCUUGGAGCUUCAUCAUUUCUUGAAGAUGCAUUAGAUAUGGCAUGUUCAUUCUCCUUUAUGCUGGCUUCAGAAUCUCUGCUUACCCUAGAAUCCGUUGUCACCUCUGUCCAGACAUUACUGGUUAAAUUGGAGACUAGUGAUAAAGGUAUGCACUCACCAUCCAUUCACAGGAUCGUUCCUAACUUGUGCAGCAGACUUGGAACUUCUGCCCUGAAGCUUUUAAAGCAUAACUGGGAUAAUGAAAAUCUUGAGAAUGGCUGGAAGAACAAAGGAGAAAUUGUACAAAAGAUUUUGCGGAUUUACCUAGAGAACAGUGACUCUAAAUCUGAUUUGCUGGAGGAGCUUGCCUGCUCUAUUUUGCCUGAGGUUUCUUCAUCUGGAACAACGGUAGAAGAUGAUCAUCAUGCUUUCCCAACUCUAUGCAAUGCAACAUUUGUUGUAUGGUGCCGGGUGCUGCAUGAAGAGAACCUUGCUAUUCUUAACAAAUUGGUUAAGGAAGUUGCUCUCUUUGUGAAACCCAGAGCUGCUGUUCAGCUUGAAGCUGUUGAAAAGCAUUUGAUCAAAAUACAAAAAUCUGUGAACGUGGUGGUAUCAUUGGUUAACAUGUGCAGAACUCAUGACAAGGUGACUGUACGUGCCAUGGCUGUCAAGUAUGGUGGGAAGUUUGUGGAUUCCUUCCUAAAAGCUUUUGACUUCUUACAGGCUCACUUUCAAACACACAAUGAACUGAUAAUCCAAUUGGUGAAAGAGCUUCAAAAGGCCACAAGAACAAUACAGACUCUGUGUUCUGAAGCAAAGGGAUUGAAACAAACAGCUAUCACUUGCAAAAUUCCAGCUACAAAGCGUUCCAUGGAACGAUUUUUGUUCUGUGUCAAGGCUCUUCUUCACUCGACAUCAAGUGGAUGCACUUUCUGGAUGGGAAAUUUGAAACAUAAAGAUUUGACGGGUCAGGUAGUAAGUUCCCAGGCAUAUGUAGAUGACGUGAAUAAUAAUGUUGAUGAAGAUCCAGCAGAAGCAGUUGACGACGAUCAGCCUGUUAGUGUUGCUAGUGAGGACGGAGAAACAGAAUAA